AUGGCCCCUCAGCCUCCCACCUCGUCGGGCUACAACACCCCAGACUCGCAGCUCGAGUCCAUCGUCCCCGUUCACCCGACCUCUGCUCGUCGCCCCGACUACAUCACCGUUCAGUCUGAAAACACCGUCUACACCCCCGACCAUAUCACCUCCAAGUUCUUUAACCGCGGCGCUGAUGUCAUCGUCUCAGACGGUCAGUUCACGGUCACGCCCACUUCCAAGCCUUAUGAGUUCCAGACAACCCGCAAGGUUGGCAAGACUGGACUGAUGAUGAUUGGAUUGGGUGGUAACAACGGCUCCACGCUCUGCGCUACCAUUCUUGCCAACAAGCACCAGAUCUCUUGGCACACUAAGGACGGCAUCCAGCAGCCCAACUACAUUGGCUCUGUCCUUCGUGCCUCCACCGUGCGUCUUGGAUCUGACCCCGCUACUGGCAAGGAAGUACACGUCCCCAUCUCUGAUGUGCUGCCCAUGGUACACCCCGAUGAUCUCGUUCUCGGUGGUUGGGAUAUCUCCGGUAUACCCAUGGACCAGGCAAUGAAGCGCGCUCGUGUUCUCGAGUAUGACCUUCAGCGUCAAGUUGCACCUCACAUGGCCGCGCUUGGCAGUCCCCUUCCCUCGAUCUACUACCCCGACUUCAUCGCAGCUAACCAGGAAGCACGUGCUGACAAUGUCGUGCCCGGUGCUGAUAAGCAGGCGCAUCUCGAGCACAUUCGCGCUGAUAUCCGCCGUUUCAAGAAGGACAAUGCGCUUGACCGAGUCAUUGUGUUCUGGACAGCUAACACGGAGAGGUACAGCGACAUCAUUCCUGGUGUUAACGACACCGCAGACAACGUCCUCGCUGCGAUUAAGAACUCCCACUCGGAAGUGUCACCUUCGACGCUCUUCGCAGUUGCUGCCAUUCUCGAGGGAGAGCCUUUCGUGAACGGUGCUCCUCAGAACACGUUCGUUCCUGGUGUCAUUGCCUUGUCAGAGCGCGAAAAGUCUUUCAUUGGUGGUGAUGAUCUCAAGUCGGGUCAGACCAAGCUCAAGUCCGUUCUCGCCGAAUUCCUUGUGAACGCGGGUAUCAAGCCUUUGUCUAUUGCAUCGUACAACCAUCUCGGGAACAAUGACGGGCACAAUUUGAGCGCUGAGCCGCAGUUCAAGAGCAAGGAGAUCAGUAAGAGCAGUGUCGUGGACGACAUGGUGGAUGCGAACCGUCUGCUGUACAAGCCCCCGCAGCCUGGUGCCAAGGGUAAGGCAGCCAAGGGCGAGCACCCCGACCAUAUUGUGGUGAUCAAGUAUGUGCCGGCGGUGGGUGACUCUAAGCGGGCCAUCGACGAGUAUUAUUCAGAGAUCUUCUGUGGUGGGAGGCAAACCAUCAAUAUCUUCAACGAGUGUGAGGAUUCUUUGUUGGCUACGCCUUUGAUCCUUGAUUUGACGAUCUUGACGGAGCUGCUCACGCGUGUCAAGUACCGUGCGGCUGCUGAGACUGGGGAGCAGAAGGACUUUGCGCCUUUGUACCCUGUGCUCUCGCUCCUGUCUUACAUGUGCAAGGCCCCCCUGGUCAAGCCUGGCACCGAUGUUGUCAACAGUCUCGGAAGGCAGCGUAAUGCUCUUGAGAGCUUCUUGAAGGCAUGUAUCGGCUUGGAGGGUAGCAGCGACUUGCUUCUCGAGACCAGGAUCUGGUAAAUAGCUCGCCUGCUAAGAUAUGAAUGCGGUUUUCAACAGCCAUGUGUUAUGGACUGCACUUGGGUCAUUCAACUGGCCGCGAACUCUUGUAACUUGAAUUUCGUCAUGUCCUGUGUUUGAAUAUCUGAACAUUGCAAUGAUAUAUGUUUUCUGUUCCGCAGUG